AUGCACCGGGCCUGGGCUCUGUUCAAGGCUCAUCCGUACAUCAGCAACGUCCUGGGAUACACAGCGCUGUUUGCCUCUGCUGACCUCAUACAGCAGAGUGUGCUGGGAGGGAAACACACUGCAGGAUCCACGUUGGAGGGUCCAGCUGGCAUCGAUUGGUGUCAGACGGCUCGAGUGGCGACUGUCGGCUUCUGUUUCCAUGCCAACUUCAACUACCACUGGCUCAGAGGGCUGGAGAGGAUGCUGCCGGGAGGCGGAGUGAAGGCAGUCACAGGGAAAGUUGUGGUGGAUCAGCUGAUUGCAGCUCCUCUCACCAUCAGUGCCUUUUAUAUUGGUUUAAGUUUACUUGAAAACAAAGCUGACCCGCUUGAAGACUGGAGACAGAAAUUCUGGACAUCUUAUAAGACUGGAGUGGUAUUUUGGUCAACAAUGCAGGCCGUGAACUUUGCCCUGGUCCCCCCUGUGGCACGGACAGUGUUUCUGGGAGGUAUCGCACUGGCUUUCACAAUCUACCUGUGUCACCUCAGACAGCAGCGUGAAGACAAACUCGAAUAA